AUGGAUGCGGCAAAUUGGAGGCUUGAACCAGGUGAUUUUUCUGGAUUCAGCUUCAGUAGCCCGAGGCUUCGAAACCUCCUAACGUUGACACCUCAAAGCGGCGAAGUUAAAGCAGGGGAACAACGGAAGGGAGUUGCACGUAUCAGCGCCAGGCAUGAAGUUGAACUAACUGGCACAGACGAACUCGCCCUCACAAUCAAGGACAUAGAAUCGGGCUGUCACAUGGAACCGCCACAACCACCCCUGCAGGUCACGGCUAUCAUAGCCUUCAAUGAAGUGUCCUUGUCACCCCCGCGGGGUCUCAAUUUUGGGCCAAUAGAAAGUGGCAAGACAAGCCUGCUUUUCUUCGAACUGGAAAAUAAGGGCCGUUUCUCGUUUGACUGGUACCUGGUCAACCAAGAGUGCAUGUUUACUGCUCCUGAAGAGCCAGCUCGAGGACCCGAAACUGUUCAGAAGGGGGAGAAACAAAAGGUAGGGAAGGCCAAAAUACAAGGAAAGUCUCCAGAAAGGCCUCUUGGAGCAACAUUUGGGCCGUUUAAGAUCGUACCUGUACGUGGCCAGCUGGACCCGGGGACUAAAGCAUCAAUACAAGUCGAGUACAGCGCUCAAGGCGACGCAUCGCAUUCUAUUAGCUUAGCACUUCUGGUUAAUGGCGUGAGGAUGGGACAUGCUGACCAAGGUUUUGUGAGUUCCAUCGGCCCAAUCGCUGCAUUCUUUGCAGAUCCCUCUGCUCCCAUAGAUUUCGAGGCAUACGGUCCGCCGGAACAGCUCUUCCAAGAACAAGCGCUGGCAACUUCAAUGGAUGAGGCUUACGCCAUAUGGCAAAAACGUAGCGGGACAAUUUUCGUGCAAGAUGAAAACUGCCUAUGCUUUGGACCCGUAAUUGCUGGCUUUCCAGGAUCGGCGUCGGCAGUCGUUGAAACGAUUCGCAUCGACAAUCCGCAGCUUAUUCCAGCUGAGAUAAUUUUCGAGAUCAAGCAGGCUCCUAGAGGCCCACAUGAUAAGAAUGCAAGUGUCCUGCUCCUUAACACCAGAAACGCAACCACUGUGAACCCGUGCUAA